CCACAGAACCUGCUCUAUCAUUGGCCUGUGAGCAGCAUUCCCAUAGCAGCCACUGCUCCUCCUGCUGCUCCUGUUCUCCCUGCUGCUCCUUCUCUCCCUGCUGCUGCUCCUGCAAACCCAAAUAACAACAUACUGCAGAUUCCAGACAGCAUGUUGCCAUACCUGCGUCCUGUCAGUGUAUUGAACGGUGUGUUGGUGUGCGACUUCAUUCCACCCUGUCCUGCAGUCAACACACCCACUCCAAAAAAGAGGAAGCGUCAGGACGAGCAGGAAGAGCAGCACAUCAAGAAGCCACCAAACGCAUUCAUGAUUUUUCUGAAGGAGCAGAGGGCAAAGGUUAAAGCAGAAAUGGACAUCAGUGGGAAUGCCACCCUUAAUGCAGUCAUGGGAGAGAGGUGGAAAUCGCUGUCGUGGGACCAGCAGGCAAAGUAUUAUGAGCAGGCUGAUCAAGAGAGGAGGCUCCAUGCCCAGAAAUACCCAAACUGGUCUGCCAAAGCUAACUACGGCAAAAAGAGGAGAGGAAGGCGCAGCUCCACCUGCAGCUCAGGUAAGAGGAGAUUACUGGGAAUCACAGUGACUUUUUCAUGGGAAACGCCAUGACAAAACAACUUCCUCCAAAACAAUCCAACUGACAUACAGAACCUCCUCAUAUCCUGAAGAACUGA